UGAUAGUAACAUUUCUCAUCUCUUUUCAAAUAGAAAAACCAUUUCAUAGCUUUAGAUGAAGAAGUUGAAAAUGGUUUGAAUGACAUAUUGCAUUUGAACUUUGUAAUCAUUUUUGCAUACAACCUGCCUUAUAAUGAUGAAUAAUUAAAGACAACUGAAACACUGGGCCCUUCUGGGAGUUUAUGUUUUACAGUAAUUUUGGAUAUUGAACAUUUCUAAAUGCUUUGUCAGGUUCAAACUCUGUAUAUCAAAUGAAAUCCCAACUGUACAUGUUAUAGAACAAAAUUCUGAAAUCUCAGUAAUUAAAAAAAAUAGCUGCUAUUUUUGCACUGAUAAAGUGUAAAUUUUUUCAAGCUUGUAUUUGAUUUCAAAUUAUGUCUGGCUGUUUGAAAAAAGAGCUGCUAAUAAGAACUCACAAAUGGAAAAUUCCUUCAAGCUUGUAUUUCAUUUUCAAAUAAAUUUUGAAUAUGCAGGGGAACUAAAAGAAUCUUUGUUUUUAUUACUUACUUGGUGAAAGUUUCAUGUCUGUGAAAAUGAAAAGAAUCUUUCUCAUUUUAAAAUAUUAAAAAAAAAAAAGAGCCGCAUCUGUUAAAGAGCUGAACAACUGUAAAUAAUUUCAAGCUUGUAUUUGAUUUUAAAUUAAUUUUAAACAUGCAGGGAAUCGUAUUGAUAGUUGAAAGUUUCAUGUCUUUGAAAAUGAACGGAGUCUUUGGAGGAUCAAUAGAAUCAAUAGAAAUGUUCUUUUUUUUUUUACUGAUGUUCUGAUCAUGUACAGCACCUUUAUCUGACAGAGAGUUUAAUAGACAGGGCUGAAUGAGUAGGCUCACAACUGUCUUGAUUUAUGUUCUCUUGGUGUUCAAUGAAGUCAUCACUAGCACACAGGCUUUGUAUGUUAAAAAGGAAGGGAUUUCACAGAGACUGAGCACUUCCCUUGUUCUUCCCUGUGUAAUGGGGGGUUCUUACAGAAGCACUAAAAGAAAAAAGCACUGCAGCAGAAGACGAUAAAGUUAUGAUAAAAAAAUAAAUAAAAGAUGGUAACAUGCGGUUAGCAUUUGUGUGGAGAGCAGUAGAUUGAGCGAUUUUUGAUACAGAAGCCGAAUGAUCUGUUUGAAGCCUUCGCUUAUGUGGAAGGAGUGAUGACUAGGGUGCAGGACUCGUAAGUUCUAAGCCCCUGUAAUUUGGAGGAAAUUGUUCAUGGUGCUUCUGUAUGAUUGAGGAAGAUAGAGGCUUUGUGAAUCUCUCUUUGAUUUGAGUAAACAAUUUGGAUUUGAGUUAAACAUUGGAUUUGAGUAAACAUCGGAUUUGAGUUAACACCAGGAUUUGAGUAGGAUUUUGGUAAACAUCGGAUUUGAGUUAACACUGGAUUGACUUAACAUCAGUGUGAAGUGGACAGAUGUGUUAGGGCAUCAGCUGAUCAGUUUUAGUCAACACUUUCCACAGAAAGUAUGGCAGUAAGAUCAGUAUACAUAUUCUGGAUUGUCUACCUGAUCCAGAAGGUGUCCAGCAUGAACAUCGAAAAUGUGUUCUCCAACGACCAAGAAAAUCCAACGUUCGAAAAACCAGUUAUAAACUCACGAAAUGGACAAGUGAUACUGGGAUCCAAAAAUCUAGUGUACAAAUUGUCACCGCAACUUACUGUGCUUCAGAAACGGAGCAUCGGACCCGUGUCUCAGGGGGUCGGGCAGACUUCUGUGAAUGUGUUUGUGAAAGGUCUAGUGAUCAACAAGGGGGACUCCAGCCUCAUUCUGUGUUCAACUGUGGCCCAGGGGUCGUGUCAGGUGUUGUCUGUAGACGACCUGUCGGAAGUGAAGACCCCCUACCUGCCCUCAAUGGUGUCCAACGACCCAUCUCCCAAUGUGUUGUUCUUGGGGUCUGGUGUUGGCAAUAGGACUGUACUGUAUAUAGCCAGUUGGUACACACUCAGAUACGGUGUGGCCGAUACAGAGUAUCUCUCUAACUCCAUCCUCAUGUUGAGCAGUAGAAAUCCGCAAACUCUGAAAUUAACCACCACUUCUUCCGGUGUUCAGACGUCCAUUUAUACAAGGGAAAGUAACGAGACAGAAGCUCACCUGAAAUUUAUCCACGGAUUUUCCUACGGAAACUUCGUCUACUUCAUCUCUAGGUUUUACGAUAAAGAAUCCCGGAUCACUCGACUCUGUAAAUCGAACCCCACCAUCGACACCUUGGUAGAUUUUCCAGUGGUCUGUGGGAAGAACGAUCACUCCAUUGUGCAGGGGGCUGAUUUUGAUGAGAAAACGGGGAACCUGUAUAUGGUGUUCCGGAAAAUGAGGGGCGAGGAAGGGAGGAGGGGACUGGUGUCAAGCGUUGUCUGCAAGUACCGGAUGUCAGAUGUGGAGCGUCAGUUUAACCUCGCUGUCAAUGACUGUCACCAAGGUAAAGGACAGCUCGGGCCCUACUACAUCCACCAGAAAGUCCCCUGUCCCAAAGUCAGCGCAAAGGUAGAUGAUCCAUAUUGCUCCAAGGUCCCCGGGGGUUUUGCAUCAAUCGAAGGACUCCAGCCGAUUUUUAGUCGUAGCAUCAUAAGCCUCAAUGAUGUCUACUUAUCCUCCAUUGCCGUAAUAGCUCAGAAAGGAUCAACAGCAAUUAUUGUUAGCUCUGCAGAUGGCGUCUUACGAAAAUACAUCAAGUCUGGCUCAAUUGUAAAAGAAGUGGAUCAGAUGCGCAUCAAUGACAUUAAAGAGGGGGUGGGGAUGUCGUUCAGUCCGGACAAGAAAUCUGUGUAUGUGGUCACCAAUAGUGAGCUAUUGAAGAUUAGUAUAUCUCACUGUGAACGUAGUACGACCUGUCAGGAGUGUGUGUCGACCUCUGACCCCGUGUGUGGAUGGUGUAACAUGGACAGUAGAUGUACAGAGAAAGGGAACUGUCAUGGUUCAAUGAUCACGCCCCCAUGGUUGUCAGCGGCCAUGAUGGAAAGCUGUGCCAAGAUGGCCGACCUCCAACCGUCGCUACUGAACUACGAGAAUAUUAGCAGAAAUCAGCACCAGCACCAGAUCAGCUUCAAACUCUCGGAUGUUUCCCUCUCCAAUGGGAGCAACAGUAUCCAUUGUGCCUUUACAGCCAUGUCUGUCACAGCUCGGACGCCAGCCUCGGUGGAUAAUGAUGUGAUCACAUGUCUGUUGCCUAGCAACUCAUCUUUGGAGUUAAAACCUAAGGGUACAGAUCACCAUGACCUUGAAGUGGAAUUCCAUGUUGGAGGUCGCGCCUUUGUCAAGAGAAGCGUUCCAGUGUUUGACUGCACGGUACACAAAACGUGUACCGACUGCCGCAAAAGCCUGUUUAAUUGUUCCUGGCACUACCAGACACACACCUGUACAGCCCUGUCUGUGGUAUCACUGAAACCUUCUGUAGAUCCGGGAACCACAAGCUAUGACAGCUGUCCACGGGUGGAAAUCCCCGCUUCCAAGAAUGCUGACAUCAUUGUUCACUCAGGGGAUUCCCUUGGGCUGGUUGUCAAACUUGUUAACAUGAAGGCCGGACAGACGGAUGAAUUGUGGUGUCGGUUCCGAUACCUGGACAAGACAGAGACCGUCCCAGGAAAGGAGGAGUCAGGCACUCUCACCUGUGACAAAGUCCAGUUUGAGUACAGUCAAGAAAAAUCCAAUGUGGAUGCCACAUUUGAAGUCCUUUGGGGACCAAAGAAAUUCCCCCUGGAUAUGUACAAUAAUACAACAGUUCAGAUUUACAAGUGCAAGUACAUGGUGACUAACUGUGGGCUGUGUCUGACCAUGGACACCAAGUACAACUGUGGAUGGUGUAACCUGACCAAUCAGUGCACUCGUAACAAGGAGUGUCCGGACCAGUGGUUGGAUAGAGAUGAUACCUGCCCGAAUCCCAAAAUACUCAGGUUUGAGCCGUCUAUGGGACCAGUAAUGGGAAGGACCAACAUCACCGUCAGUGGAAUAAACCUCGGGAAGGACUACGUUGAUAUCAAGGGCGGGGUCAAGGUCGCCGGUGUAAACUGCAUGGUACAUCCCGAUCAUUUUGAGUCCUCACAAGGAUUUAAGUGUCUGACAGACAAAGUGGAUGCUCCACUGAAUGGAACCAUCACGGUGGAAGUGGAUCACCUGUACAACACAACGUCAGACAGCAUCUUUAGUUUUGUGAUUCCCAAUGUGAACUUGAUGAUUCCACAAAAGGGGCCAUUAUCAGGGGGAACUACUCUGACUAUAUUUGGCAGUCACAUGAAUGCGGGCACUCUGACAACGGUAGACAUAGCAGGCAGUCCCUGUAAAGUGACACAGAUGACAACUGAAAAGCUGAUGUGUAUGACGUCCAGCUCAGUGAAUGGUUUGGGGGAGAAGGAUGUAGAGGUGGACUUUGGCGGCUAUAAGAGACUGCUGAUCUCUAAGUUUGCCUACGAAAAGGAUCCAGAGAUCAGCUACAUCUAUCGCAACCACAGCAUAGCCAGUGGAGGAGUAAUGGUACAGAUCUGUGGGAAGCGGUUGGACAUGGUACAGAAGAAGAAGCUUUUCUUGGAGGGACACGAAGACUUGGCUGUGGACUGUAAAGAGAAGCCGACCCAGUUGGGCUGCCUGUUGUGCCCCACCCCUCAGCUUCCCCUGUCCCAGGGGGAGAGGAUUUCCCCAGACCAGCCACGGAUUGUCCACUACGGCCUACUACUGGACAAUGUACUGACCUGGAAAAACCUGUCCCACGCACCCACAUUCAGCCCACUCUACUAUUACCCGGAUCCUGUGCUGGAGAAAUUAUCCAACAGUGCUGACUUCGUGAAGGGAAAGUCUCUUGUCAUCAAGGGUUCCUCUCUCUCCACUGUACAACCGUAUCAUGAACUGCGGGUGACUGUAGGGUCAGAUCCCUGCACCAGCAUACAGGUGUCACCGGCUAACAUCACCUGUAUACCCCCCGAGGCACCAGAAGGAUUGAGACACGGCAAAGCCAGGGUGCAGGUACAAGUCGGCAACUUCCAUGAAGAUGUUGGAUACUUGACUUACUCAGAAGCAGAUAAUCACAGUCAUACUGACAAGCCUAUAGCCAUGGGCAUCAUAUUGGGGGUAGUGAUCCCAAUGAUAGCGAUCAUCGUCCUGCUAACCAUCUGUAUCAUUCGGCGACAGAGGAAAAACAAGCAACCAGAGGGAGCUAUACCGGAGCUGCUGAAGGAUCACGAAGCUGACGAGGAAGAAGAAAUUGGAAUGAAUAGUAUGACAAUAAAAGCUGAGAUGAAUGGGCAGAUAGCUAAUGGAGACUCUGCCCCCUACAUCAGUGAGUUGUUGGCUGGAAUCGAGGAUGAAGCAGUCCGUCAGAGCGUUAGUGAUUUCUUAAUCCCAAGAAGUAAACUCAGUGUGGAAGAUCUCAUAGGAAAAGGUAGCUAUGGCAGCACAUCUCAGGGACAAUAUAAAAACUCGAAAGGAGCAGACUCGGAGGAACAGAAUGAAGUAGUGGCAAUCAAGUCCCUACAGGGCUGCUCCACAGACAAGGAGACCAUUGAUAACUUCCUAAAGCAGUGUGCCGUACUGAAGGACCUUCAACACCCUAACAUCCUAGUCAUGUCCGGAGUCUGUCUGUCCAGCUCAGAGCCGCCAUUGAUCAUCCUACCCAAUCUACAGAGGGGAGAUCUCAAAAACUACAUCAAAGACUCAUCCAAGAACCUGGCAUUGGUCGAUUUAUUAGAGAUUGCGCAACAAGUGUGUGAUGCCAUGACCUAUCUCGAGGGAAUUCAUGUCGUCCAUGGCAACCUAGCAGCCAGGAACUGUCUGGUGGCGGAUGACAAAGUGGUGAAGAUAUCCGACUAUUCCAUAGCCCCGCUGUAUUCUGGGGACUUCUACCUUUCCAAUGACAACAUCUCCAUAACAAGGUGGUGGGCACCAGAAAUCCUAGACAUAGAAAAGGGGGCCACUCCAGCCUUCAACCAUAAAACGGACUGUUGGUCAUUCGGAAUAGUUUUGUGGGAACUGAUGACAAGGGGAGUAACUCCGUACCCUGACGUGGAAACGGAUAACCUUAAGAAACAUUUGACUGGAGGUCAUCGGUUAAAGAAGCCGCGACAAUGUCCUGAGGCUAUUUACCUGCUGAUGUUGAAGUGUUGGACGGAUGUUCCUUCUGAUCGACCAACGUUCUCCGAGAUCACCGAAGAAAUCAAACAGUUCACAUCGACGGAGGAAUCUAGUGACGUAUCCCAGCCCCUACAGACCAAAAUAGAGCCAGGGGGCUCCCAGGAGUACCUGGGGGUGAUGGGAUGAGGACCGGUGGGGGGUCAGAGAAUUGAACGGACAUGAAUAGACAGAGGGUACAGGUGUCGGGGUAAUGAGGGUAGUGCUUGUGUAUGGGACCAGUGGUCAGUGACACAGAGUACAUGUAGGUCAUCUGUAUCGACAAAUGCUGCAGAUUGGGACACCUUCAAACUAAAUUGUUUGCAUGACAGCUUUGUAAUUUUUUUCUCUAUCUCUCACUCUUAGCAAUUGUUUAGUAUAAUGAUUGAUGCAUUAUUGUUCUUAGCUUUUUCAUAAAAAUGUGAGCCAAGUAUCUAAGAGGGAGUUGCCUGGGGAAUACUUCCUAACCAAAUUUAGCAAAACCUGAGAGUUAAAGAUCAAUUUUGUGGGACCAUCUGUUGAUAUUAACAAACAUUAGAUUGUGCAGAAAGACACUCAUCAUUUCAAAUCAUCAUUUGUUCAACAAGUAAUCUCAAAUGUCCAUUAUUUUUGCAAGCUUUUUGUGCCAAACAUUGUAUAGAACCCUUUUCAUUACCAGUAUGUACCCAAAUCAAACCAUCAAUGUUUUCACUCACUUUGUGUGCAAUUUUUUUAUAUGUCAUAUAUAUAAACAAUGACCUAGUUAUUAUACAUAUUAUCUCUACUGUUGGUGCAUAUCAACUAUGUGUAGUCAUUUAUAUUAUUUUAUGUGUUUUACACAAAGGCUUUGUAAGAUGUGCCAUAGUUUUACACUGUUAUGUAAAAGAUGUGAAAAUAUGCGUAGAACAGUGCUCAUGAUAUAUUUUUAUGACAUUUGUUUAUUUGUCCUACAUGUAGGCCAUUUAAUGGCAGAACCCCAUAGCUACAGCUACAUGUAUCUUAUGCUUAUCUUGUCAAAAUUUGUUUAGUGAUUUCCAAAGUCAGGCGUGUUUUUAUAUCUACUAGUGUUCAUAACAUUCAAGUGAACUUCAAAACACGAUAUUGACAGAGAUCAAUUAUUUCUUUUGUUCUUUCUCUCAUAUUAUAGAUUUUACAUACACUAAAAAUAUUUAACUAUUCAAUAUAUUAGUUUUGAAUACCAGUAUAAUAUGGGUGAUAAAUAUAUUAUUAUACAUGACAUUGAUAAAUAAUUGAUAUUGUAAACUUUCACAUUUUAUACCUUACACUGCACAUACAUGUAUACAUACCAUGUUUAUGGAGGAUUAUAUUUCUGGGGGAAAGAGAAUAUCAUUUACAAGCUUGCUUUUGUAUGUGCAAUUGCUUCGAAGCAUUGAUGCAUUUUAUAUUGUUGCUUAUUAUUUAUGUGUAUAUUUUUGAAUUAAAAAUAAAUUUUGUGGAUUAUA